AUGAACAAACUCGCCCACGGGGGCGCCUACCCUGGUCGAGAGGACGACGAGGCGGCUAUACUCGCCUUCUGCAACAUUCAGAAGGCUGCCGCUCUACCGCACACGAGGCAGCAUGUGUCGGGUGUGCCACCGAGAGCCCCGCCGGUCGCAUCGCACGAUUUUGCGGUCCCGGCGGUGGCGGCCUCGGCGGGAGUUGCGCCGCUGGCCUCGACCACUGAAGAGGUCGAUGUGCCCCCGGUUGCCCCCCUGGCCCCGGAGACACGAGAAGAGCCCGUGGCUGCGCUAGCUGCAGCUACCGAGAUGGAGGACAUGGACCUGCCCGACGCAAAUCUGGCUGAGGCGAUUGCCGAGUCGGAGCGCCGUGACACCGACCUUGACGCUCCCCGCGCGCCCAGAAAGCGCCGGGCUGUGACGCAUGACGACUCUGACACUCCCUCUCAGACAUCUGAAGGAGCGAGGCCGCGGAAGAAGGCCACCAGGGCCUCCCGCACCUCCACCACCGAGUCUGGGCUGACUCUCGCGGGCUCCUCCCGGAGCACCGCCGCGCAGAAAUCGACGAAGACCACGCGGCGGCCCACUCGUUCACCUGCUGCUUCCCGACAGCCGGACGAGGAUGGGAGGACCAUCAACUUCCGCCACCCGAAGUUCGGCGCAGGUGGAGCGUGCGACGCGGCCACCGACCGCGCCGUCCACGGCUUCGCCCGUGGGGGUGGCAACUCCCGCGCCCACGCAGGAGGACGGCGCCUCGUGCUGCGCCGCGACCGGCUGCCGAUGCUCCACGGCAGUCGCCUAGUACGGAGCGGCCGCAACCGGCCGCCCCAGUGGCGGAGGCCGCCCCAGCGGCCCCCACCGCCCCCAUGGCCACCGACGCAGCUGAGCUCCGAUCGCUCUUGCGGUCGUUGA